AUGAUCAUCAUCGCCAUCAUCAUUAUGAUUAUGAUUACCAUCACUAUCAUAAUCAUUACCGUCACCAUCAUCGUUAGCACCAUCGCAAUCAUCAUCAUCAUCAUUACGAACACCACUAUGAUCAUCUCCAUCAUCGUCAUCAACAUCGUCAAUACCAUCAUCCCUAACAUGAUGAACAUUAUCAUCACUAUUACUAACAGUAUCAUGACUAUCAUCAUGCAUAUAACUAUUAUCACUACCAUCGUCACCGUCAUCAUCAUCAUUAUCGCCGUCAUUUUCGUCAUCACGAACAUCACUAUCAUAAUCAUCGCCAUGUAUCUCACUACCAUCAAAAUCACUAGCAUAAUUCUCAAGAUUACCAUCAUUAUCACGACCAUCGCUAUCAUCAUUAUCGUCAUCAUCAUCACGAACAUUAUUAUCAUCAUCGUUAGCAUUAUCAUCACUAUCUUUAGCACCAUCAUCACUAUCAUCACGAAUGUCACUACUGUCAUCACCAUCAUCGUCACCCUUCCCGUUAUCAUCAUCGUUAUCAUCACUACCACCGACACUAUCGUUAUCAUCCUCAUCAAUAUCAUCACGAUUAUCACUAUCGCCACCAUUAUCACCACUAUCGUUAUCACCCGAAUCAUCAUCAUGAUCAUUAUCAUCAUUGUCAUUUUAAUGGCUACCAUAAUCAAGGUUAGCAUUAUUAUCAUUAACACAAUUACCAUCAUCACCGUAAAUGUGAUCAACGUCACCAUUAUCACCAUCAUCGUUCCCAUCGUCACCGUAAACAUGAUUAACGUCACCAUCAUCAUCAUCUCUACCGUUAUCACUGGCAUCGUUGUCACUAUCGUUAUUAUCGCCACCAUUACCAUCGUUACCACGACUAACACUAUCAGCAUUAUCAUCACCACCAUCAUCAACAGUACGAUCACAACGCCCGCAUUACCGUCAUUAUCAUCAUCACCAUCACCACUAUCACGAUUAUGA